UAUUAACGAGGAGGACUGAAAAGCCUUUAGAUUGCACGUUGUUCUGCAGUCCAGCGGGCGAGCGAUCCACCAUGAGUACCUUCGCGUCCAUCCUCAAGGAGAUCGGAGAGUUCGGCUCAUUCCAGAAGCGCUUGGUGGCCGCCUUGUGCGUGCCCAACAUCUUCGUGGCCUUCGAUGUCAUCGGUCAGGUUUUCACGGGCCUCGACUUCCCCAACCACUGCGACACCGAUUGGAUCCUGCAGCGGGUGGACGCCAGCCAGAGCCUGGAGAGGCAGAAGGAGCUCACCAUCCCCGUGAGUCCGGAUGGAAGCUUCCAGACCUGCUUCAUGUUCACGCCGGUCCAGGCCGAUUUGGAAACCAUCGAGCUGUACGGCCUCAACGCGACCUCGGCCUGCCUCAACGGGUCCAAGUUUGAGGUGCCGACUGGAGCGUCCAGCAUUGUGACAGAGUUUAAUCUGGUGUGUGACAGAAGAACGCUGAUUGAGGCGUCUCAGUCUAUUUACAUGGCCGGACUUCUUAUCGGAGCCUUUGUGUCGGGCACCGUAGCUGACAGGUUUGGUCGGCGCUUUGUGGUCUUGCUCAGCAUUCUUCUUCUUUGCCUAUUUGGCGUCAGUGCUGCCUUCUCUCCCAAUGUCCACGUUUAUAUUGUUCUCAAGUUCCUGUGUGGUGCGUCCAUGGCGGGAAUCCUGACCAACUCAUUCGUGAUAGGUGGCGAGUGGUGCGAGUCGUCCAAGUUUGCCUUCUGCACCAUCAUCAGCCAGAGUUUUUACCCCGUCGGUCUCAUGUUGUUGUCCGCUAUGGCCUAUUUCAUCCGCGACUGGAGGAGCCUCCAACUGGCCCUCUACAGCCCAAUUCUUCUUGUCCUGGCCGUAUUCUAUUGGAUCCUGCCAGAAUCGGCCCGCUGGCUCAUGACUCAGGGCAGGAAGGAGGACGCCAUGAAGGAGGUGCGCAGAGCAGCAAAAGUCAACAGGAGGAAAGUGGCGCAAAAUCUGCUGGACAAAAUGGAUGUGGAUGAGUCGCCCAGCAGAGGCAGUAUGUUGGACAUCUUCAGGGUGCCAUAUUUGAGAAAACGAGCGCUCUUCAUGGGCUACGUCUGGUUCGGAAUCAGCGUGGUGUACUACGGCCUGAGCCUGAACGUGGGCAACUUCGGACUGGACAUCUACUUGACGCAGCUGGUCUUUGGCCUGGUGGAGAUUCCCGCCCGUCUGGGUUCUCUCCCGCUCAUCCAGCGCUUCGGGAGGCGACGCUGUGAGGCCGUCUUGUUGUGUCUGGCGGGGGCCGCUUGCCUCUCGACCAUCGCCGUGCCCAAGGACCUUCCUGUCGUUGCGACGGUCAUAGCCAUACUUGGGAAAUUUGCAUCUACUGGCUGCUACUGCAUCGUGUAUGUUUACACAGCAGAGCUGUACCCCACCGCACUAAGGCAGAGCGGCGUGGGUCUGAACUCCAUGUGCUCUCGUGUGGGAGGCAUCCUGGCACCCCUGAUAAGGCUGCUGGGCGUCUACCAUGACGCCUUCCCCAUGUUGGUGUACGGCGUCGUACCUAUUAGCGCGGUGGCCCUCUGCCUGCUGCUGCCGGAGACCCUCAACGCUGAACUUCAGGAACACGUCGCACUAAAGAGGAUUGACACAACCUGCGUAGAGGAAGAAGAAAACUGAGGCAAAAGCACAGCAUUGUGUUUGAUAUGGACAAUCAGCAGCUCAUCAGAGGACUUUUGUUUACAUUACAUUCGUAUUUAUUUGUCAUGUAUAUAUUAUACCUACUUUCUGCCCACAGGUUAUUUUGUCACUACGUUAUGGCAAUUUUCAAAUCCUGUUCUUAAUCAAGGAAGACUUUCUGCAAUGCAUUGAUAUGAAACGCAGUUACAGCGUUUGGCCAGUAGAUGGCAGCAAAAUGACAAAAUAGGCUGACAAUGUGCGCAAGUGGGUGGGUCGCCUGCCUCUGUACAUUUAAUGGAGCGGGUC